AUGCCACUGCAGGUGCUGAAAAGUCUCAGCACUGGAAGUGGAAUUACGAAAUUAUGUUCCGCACCAGCGUACCAGGCGUGCCGCUCUGUGGCACGACCGGGGAAGCUUCCCGACGGUCGCCUAAACAUCCGUCGAACGAGGCGACCGGAGGACACUGAGGCUGAAUACAGGAGACGUAUUCGCCAAGAGUCCACCGCAGCCGAGGUUCGCCAAGAGUCCACCGCGGUCGAGGAGAGGGCUGUCCAGGAUGAGCGAAUCGACGCAUCCAUAAUCCUGUGGCAUGAGCUUCGUCCUGUUGUCCACGACCUCAUCAGAAAGCUGUCCAAGAGAGGGGUGGCGACAAGGCAAGUCCGACAAGACGACGUGCUUCGGGAGAUAGCCGGCCAUGUAGACGGCUACGAGUCACCACGAGACCCACAUGCUGCUGUGGGCGACCUCAUUCUCCUCGAGAUUCAGCGUCGCCUCAUCAACACAAACAACAACGACGGCGAGGCCAGCUGA